AUGAGUGAUGAUGUCUCUGCCACGCCGAAAAAGACUCGUUCCAGCAAGCCUAAAGUACGUACCGGCUGCAUCACUUGCAAGGCAAGGCGAGUCAAAUGCGACGAGACUAAACCGGCAUGUGUCCGAUGUACGACCACUGGUAGACGUUGCGACGGUUAUGCUCCUCUGAAAACCUCCUUUCCAGAAUACAAAGCUUUGGCUCCGGCCCGCACGACUGAUGCAUCUGAUACAACUGGAUCUUCUUCCAGCAGCGCAUCGAGAACCACACAGACAGCACAACUAGUAAUUAGGAUCAGACCUGAAUAUCGCUCGCUGGCCCCGCUAGCGGACCCCAGUCAGGCUGACCUGACUCCCAAGGAGCGAUGGUUUCUCGUGUUUUUCCGCCACGUCACUGCGCGAACCAACGCAAAAUUCUUCGGUGAGGAGUUCUGGGGACGGCUGGUUCACCAGGCGAGCGAGGUCCAGCCUGCUGUCCGCCAUUCUGCCAUUGGCAUCAGCGCUCUCCACUGGGACAGUCUCGCGAAAUAUCACUCUGUACGUGGCGAUCAAGACCCUUCGUUUGCUCUUCAUCAAUGUAGCAAAGCAUUCGCGUAUCUGCAAGCGAAUUUUGGAGCUAGUGUAUCCAGACGGCAACGAAUGGAAGCGGUGUUGAUCUCAUGCGGCAUAUUGCUCUCGUUCGCUUUUGGCCAAGGUGAUGCUCGUGCUUGUGGAUGCCACAUCCGUUCUGGGCUUGGUUUGCUCCAUGGAUGGCAGAGGCUUCAAAUGGACAACAGUCCCGUUGGGCUUGUUAUUUUGAAGAGUUUUAGUCAGCUACAUCUGGAUUGGCUUCCUCUAGUCGGGCCCGAUGGGGGAUUGGAGAAUUAUUCGUAUCCCUUGCACCUUGCCGUGAACUAUCAGCCUAACAUCGUGGUUGAGACACCCGAAGACGCGUGCGGCAUCUUGCUCAUUCUCGGAUGGUUGACCUUGCAGAUGAAACCACAGCGACUCCCGGGCCAGCCUGUUGCCUGCGCUUCUUCUGCGCUAUUGCAACGUCUUGAUCAUUGGAAAGCUUUGAUCUUGAAUAGAAGCGGCGCAUUGUCCCAACAAAACCGUGAAACCAUAGCCAUUCUAGACGUAUGGCGCGAGGUUGUCCUUAUCAAAUUCCUCACCGAUGGCCGACUUGAAGAAGGAGAGAUGAGAUAUGACGAUCAUUUGCCCCACUUUGAACGCACGGUGGAAUUAGGAAGAUAUUUGACCAACGGAGCUUUAUCAAGUUCUUGGGCUUGGUCAGCUAUCGUGACACCCUUGUUCUUCUGUGCAUUUAAAUGCCGUGACUGGACCACUAGGAGAGAGGCACUUGAUGUGCUACUCGCUUGGAGACAUGAGCAAGGUAUCUGGUCGCUUUCGGGGCCUGCCCUAGUGCUGAAACGCUUGAUAGAGAUCGAGUCUAAGGAUUACAAAUCACAUGAGGUCAUCGCGGAGGUAUCGCGCAUUGAUGCAGUCCACGUCGACUUUCCAUCAGGCAACACAAAACAUGUUCGCUUUUGGUAUCGCAAGCCGGCCCCUUCGGAUCAAAUCUGUGUUUGCGAUGCCGCCCAGGUAUGGAAUAAUCACCUUAUUCCAUACUGA